CCGUAUUCUCACUUCUACCUUCCUCUCCCGGGCUACUCUCUGCAUCUCUCGCACUUGCUGUACUCCGGUCUCCUUCGCAGCCCUCUCCGACUUCAUGCCUUCUCCGUCUCCCACUUCGUCACUCGAAGCGUUACCCUGCAGUUCGCACUCUUCCGUUCGGGCUCAUCCUCCCUCUGGCGUUCUCUUCUCGGCUUGUUUAUCAGGUCUCCGCAGCUUCGACAUAGGAAUUGAGUUCAAACACCAUAAACAUUACAUGGUUAAGCCGCAUCUAUCUCCCUGGGUUCAGGGUUUCUCCCAGCACAAAAGUAGUCAGCUGCAGACGGAGGAAGCAUGGAUUUUGCCUGCAAUGAUACUAAAACCUAUAAGUAAUUUUUUGAGUAAAAUGUUCCUCUGGUUAUUUUGUGUCUGAUCAUUUUGUGCUAUUCCAGUGUAUUUGAUCAGAUUUGUGUGGAUUCAACAUCGUCUUCCCCUUCGAGAAUUGCAAAAAGUGUUCAUUUUAGCUGCUUGCUGACUCAUCCAUCUCCAACUUCUCUUUGAGCAAAGGAAGAAUAGAUUCAUGCAUCGUCAUCUCCAACUCAGACCAAUCCCUAUUCCCACGCCUGCUUUCAUGUGGUUGGCUAUCAGACAGAAAGCUGGCGGUGGUAGAAGACCCAAAAAGAAAAUCUACCACAGGGUACCUGAACUUGACAGGGUCAUGGAAUUACAGAAGAAGCCAUCCCUGAUUCUACAGUUGAAGUCCAUUAUCCAAUCCCAAAAAAACCAAUCCAUCCUUCUACGUGACCUUGAAAAGCAUGUAGGGUUUGUGCAGAAAUGGAAUUUUAUGUCUAUUAUAGAGAGGUACCCCUCAAUUUUCCGUGCUGGUGGUGGUAACAGAGAACCUCCUUUCGUUUGUCUCACUGAAAAGGCCAGAAAGAUUGCCGGUGGAGAAGCCGAGACCAGGGCUCUUAUGGAACCAAUUUUGGUGAGCAACCUGAGGAAGUUAUUAAUGUUAUCUGUUGAGUGCUGUGUUCCACUUGAAACUAUUGAAUUUGUUGGACCAGAAUUGGGUUUGCCGCAUGAUUUCAAGACCUCCUUGAUUCCCAAGUACCCUAAUUUCUUUUCUGUGAGAGAAUUCAAUGGGAGAGCUUGUCUUGUUUUGGAAAAUUGGGAUUCUUCAUUGGCUGUCACUGCUAGGGAGACUAAGUUAGCUCGGGAAGGAAUUUUGAAGCCUGCUGAAUAUCAAAAGAAGGUUAAGAUAUCAAAAGAUGGAAACUAUCUAGGUCCACAUGCAUUUAGGGUGAGUUUUCCGUCUGGUUUUAGACCAAACGUUGGUUAUCUUGAGCAAUUUGAGAAGUGGCAGAAAAUGGAGUUUCCUUCUCCUUAUUUGAAUGCGAGAAGAUUUGAUGUUGCUGAUCCUAAAGCUCGCAAACGAGUUGUGGCAGUUCUUCAUGAGCUCCUGAGUUUGACCAUGGAGAAGAGGAUGACAUCUACACAGCUGGACGCAUUUCAUUCAGAGUAUCUUUUACCAUCUAAGUUAUUGCUUUGCUUGAUAAAGCAUCAGGGUAUUUUUUACCUCACUAAUAAGGGUGUAAGAAGUACAGUUUUUCUCAAAGAAGCCUACCAUGGUUCCAACUUGAUAGAUAAGUGUCCUUUGUUACAGUUUAAUGAUAAAUUUGUAGCACUUAGUGGUAGACGUAACAUUGAUCUUUGUGACACCAAGAAUUCUUUGCAUACUGUUGUUUAGAGGUUGAAUUUUAAUCACCAUAUUUUUCGGUGAUCCGCCA